AUGGAGGCACACAAGAGCUCGGUGGGGGUGUUGGUCGGAAGAGGCGGGCUGCCCAAUACAAUUAUCAUGGAAGAGGCACAGCGUCCUUCUGCAGCACAUGUAACCAGCAGCGGAGAAGAGGCCCUAAAGGACAUUCUGUGCGGAUCAACGGCUGGAAUCGUUGGCAAGUACAUCGAGUACCCCUUCGACACGGUCAAGGUUCGUCUGCAGUCACAGCCAGACACGAUACCGCUCCGGUACACUGGGCCGCUGGACUGCUUCAAGAAGUCAUUGCAGCACGAUGGGUUUCUGGGAAUAUAUAGAGGUAUUAGUGCGCCUCUGGUUGGGGCUGCGGUGGAAAGCAGCACCCUAUUCUUCAGCUAUCGUAUAGCGGGAGAUGCUCUGAAAGCCUCAGGUGUAUAUCCAGAGCUGAAGAGGCACCCUGAACGAGACCUGCCCUACUCAGGUAUGCUCUGGUGUGGCAUGGUCGCUGGAGCAAUCACGUCGUUGUUUCUUACUCCCAUUGAACUUGUCAAGUGCAAGAUGCAAGUUCCUGUAGAAAGCCCUGGCACUGUGGUUGCUACUCCAACAAUUCGAGGAGUCAUUGCCUCGAUCUAUCGCCACCAAGGCUUUUCCGGCUACUGGCACGGUCAGCUGGGAACCUUGAUCCGGGAAACAGGAGGCGGCGCGGCAUGGUUUGGUGGCUACGAGGGCAUGAAGAUUAUCUUCAAGGGGAUCAACGGAUCGACCAAAGACGAGGAUCUUCGUGUGUGGCAGCGCAUGGCUUCUGGCUCUGUUGCUGGUGGCGCAUACAACUUUAUGUUCUAUCCCGCCGACACGAUCAAGUCGCGAAUGCAGACAGAAGACGUCAAGCAUCUGACGGGCGGAAAGUCGAGUUUCACCGCAGUAGGUAAGGCGCUGUGGAAACAGCACGGCAUCAAGGGUAUGUAUCGUGGAUGCGGUAUCACAGUCGCAAGAUCGAUCCCCAGUUCUGCGUUCAUCUUCACUGUGUACGAGGAAUUGAAAAAGCGAUGGCCCAGCCGCGGGCUCGCUCGCAUCGUCAGCUGGCGAUCUCUCGCUGGCGUUUUGUCGCAAUCGCAGACGAACGUACAACGCUCUUUGAUACCCCUACUGUCUACACGUGCAGUCCAAGACAGCAUAUACUCACAUUACCGCCGACAUGGACCAACUACACGCUCUCCACACCCAAAAUACCACGAUGUUCUUACACUGGUGAAGGGUGUGAGGAACGGUAUCGUGUACGGGAGUAAAGUGCGGUUUCCACACGCACUCGUAAUGAUCUUCCUCUUCCGAUCAGGAAGCUUCCGCUCAAAAUGCCUCCUCGUCUACAAAGCAACCCGCCAACACGCCCGCAACCUCGGCCUCUUCGCCCUCGUCUACAAAGCCACCAUGCUCCUCCUCCGGCACACGUCGCCCAACGGCAAAGAGCGCCAAUACGACUCGUUCCUCGCGGGCCUCCUCGGCGGCUACACCGUCUUCGGCCGCACAAUCCACAAUUCCGUCUCGCAGCAAAUCGUCAUCUACGUCGCUGCACGUGUGUGUCUUGCUUUGGCGAAGCUGGCCGUGCAGCCGCGAGAGCUUGGUACCGGUGCUGGGGGCAAACAUGGCGGGGUCAAAGGGUGGGAGUUGUUUGGGAAUGGAGAGAUGAGGCGCGCGCUGGUGAGGAAUGGGUGGCCGGCUUUUGCGAGUUUGAGUUGGGCCAUGGUUAUGUAUAUUUUCAGGUGGCAUCCGGAGAGUGUGCAGAGUAGUCUGCGGAGUAGUAUGAGUUAUAUUUAUGUGCAGUCGGAUGAGUGGGAUUCGCUACGGACGUUAUUGUGGCAUAAUAAAUAG